CAAAUCUAUAUCGUAUUCUGCCCGUCGAAGCCUUUUCCGACUCAAGCUUGGCCACAUUCAAGCACCACCCCCUCAACGUAAAUAGGGCACGCCUCCUACGCUUCUACGAACCAUUUACUCUACUUGGCACAGCGUCCUGAUUUGACAUUGGAUUGUAGCUUAGAACGAACAAUCAAAGCUUUGGCGCAACUUCCUUGAUCAAAAAUUGCAAUUCUACACGAUUUCGAUGAGGAUGGAGAUACGGUGACUGCAGUUGCCAUACAAAGGAACAUUUGGCAUCUCGGCGAACGGAUGAAUCUCUCUGGUCAGAUUAUAUUCCACUGUUCAGUUGCGCCUUUCCUUCGAUAUGGCAUUUACCCGCUCGUCAAGCAUUGUCGGCACUUAUGGCUGGACUGCCUGACGUCUUUGUAUUGGAUCUUUGUACUGGGGGACCUUUGGUCGUCGUUUGCCUUGUGUUUCGCACACUUCAAGAACUCUCCACCUUUCGAGUGUCCAUUGAUACCAUACCUGCUCUUGCGGGCAAAAUGGGUAAGAAGACAUCUUUUUGGAGUUUGUCGUCAAUCUGUGUUUCCAAAGCAGCAAUGCUCUCACUAAGACAACCACGCCAACAGUCGGGACAAGAACACAUCAGUCGCAUCUACAACUCCAUCAGACAUCUACGGAGAGAGGACAAUGCGGUCACGGUCAUGUAUGCCCCGGCGCAUGACGACGACAAGUGGAAGAAGAUCGCCAAAGAGAAGGCACAAAUGGCCACCAGUUCGAAGGCCGGACUACCGACACAACGACCAGGGAUGAAGUCCACAAUGCUCAACGCUGCACGAGCCAAACGGAGCCCCACCAGAAGCCCACUAGAAAAGGUUGGAAUACAUUCUAAGAGAGUGGACACAGCAUUACCAGGCAAGCACACGAGACAACUGUACGACUGGCUCUCACGGAGAGAAGCGAGAGCACUUGCUCAACUCCGGACAGGCAUGGCAGAACAGCUAUCCCUACCGGAUCAAUGCUGCCCCUACGGAUCUAUACGCAUGCGGACAAGCGAGAGAGACAGUGGAGCUUUUUCUCUUUCGAUGUACCAAGUGGAGGGCGUUCCGUACGGAGAUGCUCCAAUGUAGUGAAACACACCGAAGCAAUAUGUCCUUCUACCUAGGCGGAAACACACCGACAGAUGACAGAUCUUGGACUCCGGACCUGACGGUAGUCCGGGCAACGAUCCGGUUUGCAAUGGCCACAGGACGACUUGAUAACACCACCAGACGAAUCCACACUCCAUCUCUCUCACCAUCAUUUCUGACUCCCUCUAUCUCAACUCGUGCCGACGAGCAGGCGCGCUUCAGCUGCCGAGGAUAGGAUGUUAAACGC